GCAGUCGCAGUCUUUGCUCGGAUCUCGAUCGGGUCGGGUGUCUAUUUCGUUUGUAGGUAAAUUCGCGAACAGCGGCCGGCCGUCUUUCAGUCCAUUCCGAACCGUACGCCGGCAGGGUGGCUUUUUUUCCGAAUUCCAUUCGCUCGUCAACGACUGAGGAUCCUCUGUGCUCGCUCUCCCUAUCUUAAAAUCCUAAACAGUGUCGUUUGUGACUCCUUCCGUAAGAAACCUACGGACUCGUUCCUCAUCGAAAUCGUCAUGGAUCAAUCGUCGAAGGCGAUGCUACGAAAAAUCAUCAUAGACUUCUUGUGCCUGUUCGUGGUCGGCAUGGGGGUGUUGAUGUUUUUCCUCUACGGCAAACCGUACAAACGUGGAUUCUUCUGCAAUGACGAGUCAUUGUAUCACCCGUUCCACGAGUCGACGGUCACCAACACGAUCCUCUACAUCGUCGGUUUUUUCCUGCCCAUAAGCGGGAUGUUAAUAGGCGAAUAUAUCCAUGCAAGUUUCAGCAAUGAAGUUCCAAAGUUACUGUGUGGUUACAAUAUACCUGUUUGGUUCUCGAACGCAUUUCAUAAGAUUGGAAUAUUCGGUUUUGGAGCGGUUAUGACUGUUUUCCUCACGGAUACAGCAAAGUAUACGAUUGGCCGUCUGAGACCCCAUUUUAUGAUGCUUUGUGUGCCUAACGUCAAUUGUAGCCUAAUCGAAAAUCGGCAUAGAUACAUAGAAGACUUCACUUGCACCGCGACUACAUCGCCUAAACUCCUGAAGGAUGUGAGAUUAUCCUUUCCGUCGGGACACUCGUCUUUCGCUUUCUACACGAUGAUCUAUCUUGCGUUAUACUUUCAGUUAAGGAUAACGUGGAAGGGUAGCAAGUUAUUGAAACAUUUCCUACAAUUUAUAUGCCUGCUUUUGGCCUGGUUCACGGCAUUGUCACGAGUUUCUGAUUACAAACAUCAUUGGAGCGACGUUCUGGCCGGAGGGACCCUUGGUGCCAUCGUUGCACUAGUCGUGGCGAACUUCAUCGCAAAUAUGUUCAAGGACCAAAGAGUUUCCUUGACAGAGGAGAAGCACCGGGCUGUCGAUUACGAAACAGGAGGCAGUACACAGUUUCAGAACGAAUUAACACCGCUACGGACGAGAACGAUGUCUUAAUUUUGGAACUGGAAGACACGCAGGGAGUAAUCCUUUAAGAGUGAUAGCAGCAUUUGUGUAUAUCAGUGCUCGGAAUUACUUGCACAUUUCGGCCCGAUUCCUGAAGCACCUCCUCCAUCCCCACUACCGGUCUAGGCUCGACGGCCGAGAUAUGUCGGGUUUCACCCGCGUGAGUAAGAAUUUCCUUGCGCUGUCAAUAUUUUUAUUUUUACAGAUAAAUAAAGUUAUUAAUAUUAUGUUUAGGUUUAUAAACAAUAAUACCUCUUGGGUGAUGUGGAAAGUUAUUGACAAAAUUCCAAUCAUUAUAUCAUAUAUUAUUGUUAUUAUAUGUAUAUAUAAAAGGUGUUUAUAAACCUAAACAUAAUAUUAAUAACUUUAUUUAUUUGUAAAAAUAAAAAAUACUGACAGCGCAAGGAAAUUCUU